AUGGGUUGUACAAAUUCAACUAGAAAACAAGAAACAGAAGUUGGAGGGUAUAAACACGAGGAAAAUCGAUUUCAAAAUUUAUUCCAUGCAACAACUGAAUUCGAUUUAUCAGCAUCAGAUUCUGAAAAUGAACAUGUAAUUCUUUCAGUUAAAUCAAUGAAUCAGAAUAAUUAUAAUAAUAAAGAUAAGUUAACCCAAAAAAUUGAUAAAAUUUCAACUGGAUUGACGACAGUAAAUAAUGAUUCAUCAACAACGAGUAGUACAUUAAUUGGCAAUCGACUUAAUCAAACAUAUGUUUGA